GAAGCCGAAAGUUCAAUGCGGUUUAAUUUUGUUCAGUAAUUGUGCCUUGUUGUUUUCAACAGUCGCUGUUUUUUAAAGCGCGAUGGAUACCGACUUGUCUUUCUGCUCUCGUCGGUCUCCUGUGGUGUGUUUACACGGCUGCGCGGCGUCCAGCCAGCCGAUAGCCUCCAGUUUAGGACUCGGUUAUGUGUCCAGACAUCCUUAAGCGUGGUGGCAAUGCAGCAGAUGCUGCGGUUGCCAUAGCAGCAGCACUGGCGGUAACAGAGCCAUGCAGCACUGGACCUGGUGGAGACGCCUUCUGCUUGUUCUACAACGGGGAAACCGGAGAGAUCACAGGAAUUAACGGCAGUGGUCGUUUGCCCAGGGCGCAGAGCUUGGACUUCCUGGAAGGACGUGGUUACACUGCGGGGGCUCCUCCUUCACCUUCUGAUGCCCUGAAUGUCACAGUACCAGGGGCCCCUGCAUGCUGGUGCGAUACCGUGCAGCUAUUUGGAAGUCACAAGGUUGAACUGUGUCUGUCCUUGCAGGAGGUGCUGAGCGGGGCAUCAGAGCUUGCAGAGGUGGGGUUUCCUGUUGCCGAGGUAACAGCUCACCACUGGGCGAAAUGGGUGGCUGCUCUGAGAGAUGAUGGGAAGGAACUAGGCGGAGACCUGCUAAUUAAUGCUCAUGCUCCUAAAUGUGGUCAAGUAUUCAGAAACCCUAACCUGGCCCAGACCCUGAAGGAGCUGGGAGAGCAUGGCAAACCAGCUUUUUACCAGGGCAGAGUGGCCCAAGCCAUCGUCGAUAUCAUAAUCCAAAAUGGAGGAGUCAUGACACUGGAUGAUCUCAGCAGCCAUGACAGUGAGGUCGUCACCCCUAUUAGCACAGAAUACAAGGGUGUGCGUCUGUGGGAGCCUCCUCCUAACAGUCAGGGAUUGGCUGCCCUGCUGCUACUCAACAUCCUGGACAACUUCCGUCUCAAAGCUGCAGGCCACAACAGCUCUGACUACAUCCAUGUACUGGUGGAGGCUGUGCGCUUGGCACAAACAGAUGCUGUGCGUUACCUGGGCGACCCUGACCAUGUGACCAUCCCUUUGGAAACGUUGCUGGACAAGAGCUACAGCCACCAGCGAGCACAGCGCAUACGCAUGGACAGGUGUGUGGUCAUGGAAGAGGUGGAGCCCGGCUUGAUGACAGGAAGUGACACAGUCUAUUUUUGUGUGAUCGACAGCCAGGGCAACGCUUGUUCAUUUGUCAACAGCACAUACAUGGGCUUUGGCAGUGGGCUGGUCCCUAAGGAUUGUGGAUUCUCACUACAGAACCGGGGUGCCAGCUUUUCUCUGCAUCGUGACCAUGUCAACUGUGUCGCUGGAGGGAAGCGGCCGUUUCACACUAUAAUACCUGCACUUCUCACUGACUCUGCAACCACAUCAGAAAAACCAGUCCUCCUCGCUGCGCUGGGGGUGAUGGGCGCUUUGAUGCAACCGCAAGGACACGUCCAAGUAUUGCUAAACAUGUUGGAGUUUGGGAUGAAUCCUCAACAGGCUCUAGACGCACCAAGAGUCUAUGUACAAUAUGACCACACAACUGAGCAGUGGUCUGUUAAUCUGGAGGAGGGCGUCGGCCAGGAGGUAGCUGAGGAGCUGAGAAGAAGGGGCCACAAAGUCAACUGGCCAAUCACAGGCCACAAACGGUCUCAGUUUGGGCGGGGACAGAUCAUCACAGUGGGGGAUUGGUGGAACCCAUCUGUCAAUCAAGCUGAUCCUCCAUCCAGGGUGCUGUGGGCGGGAUCUGACCCCAGAGCAGACGGAUGUGCUAUGGGAUACUAAACAGAAGCGACCUUCUCUACUCUGCUCUGUUUAUGUAAUAUUCAGAUACUUUGAUCACGAAGCUUUCUGAAGGCAAAUCCCUGAGAAAUGUAGAACAGUAGUUUUAAACAUCUUGCAGUAAAAUCAUCCACAGAAAUCUCAAAACUCUUUUCCAACUCAGGUUUAUGACAUUGUCAUAGCACAGCAUCGUAGCACAACACAUUACAGCUUCAUGAAUUAGAUUAUAAUUACAUCUAUAGUUCAUUUAUGAGCUGAUGCACUAUUACUACUGAAAUAUAGAUAACCACAUUGGAAAACAAAUCUUUGUGUAACAUAUCAGAGAUGUCUUUCCUUAACCCUGCCCUUUUUUUUCAAUAGAUAAUUACAAAUAUAAAUUAUGGGACGGAGUGGCGCAGUGGGCUGUGCGCUGAUCAUCAGAUCAAGGGUGGCGUUGGGGAACUCCAGUUCGAAACCCGCCACUGCGCCAGGCCGUUGUGUCCUUGGGCAAGACACUUCACCCGAAUUUGCUCCUGUGGGUACUGUCCACAGUACAAGACCGUUCCAUGUAUGAUAUGUGUGUAAUGUGUACUUGUAAAUCGCCUUGAUGACUUCGAGGUGUGAAGGUGGGCGGAGUGGCGCAGUGGGCUGUGCGUUGAUCAUCAGAUCAUGGGGGCGUUGGGGAACACCAGUUCGAAACCCCCCUCCACCGCUGCUGCGUCUGUAAAGCCGUUGUGUCCUUGGGCAAGACACUUCACCUGAAUUUGCUCCUGUGGGUAUUGUCCACAGUACAUGACCGUUACAUGUAUGAUAUGUGUGUAAUGUGUAUUUGUAAAGCGCUUUGAGCAUCUGGAAAAGCGCUAUAUUAAAUGUAAGGAAUUAUUAUUAUACAUUUUUAAAUAAAAGACAAUGAUAAUUUUACGUCACCAAUAAAUGACAGUUCCAUCUUUUUUCUCUAGGUGACAUUUAACAAAACCUAUUGAGUGGAGGAAGUGUACAAAUCUGACGUGAACCAAGUCAAUCAGUGUUAUGUCCUUUUUCAUAUUGUUCCUACACUUAAAGUGAAGCAUAUGUACUGAUUUAACAGUCUGUAUUUCAAAUGAUCUGUGAAGUAUGCUGGAUCUAUUUAAACAAAUGCCAAAUUAA